AAUAGACGAUCUGGUGGGGAAGAAGCCUGGUGCAAAACGAAAACAAAAAGGAGAAAACUUUACAUGUCCGCCAGACUCAAAAAUAGUAAUAAAAGACUUAACAGAUCAUUUCUUAAAUUUUGUGAUUUACUGGAUGUUUUUAAUUUUUGUUUUUUUAUAAAAACUGGUAUUUUUUGUCACAUAUUUCACAAAGAUAAUGUUAGAAAGUUUACUUUUUUACCAAAUUUUCCUGAUAUACCUCAGUGUUGGAAUUGCCAGCAGUUACGAUGAAAAAACAGUAUACACUCAGGCUCUUUUAACAAUAUCAAAGAGACCACUCAAUAACAAUGUUGAUCAUCAAACUAUCAAAUUAAGUGGAAAAUUUGGUAUUCAAAGUCUGAAGAAAAAAGUCUCAGGGUAUUUAUAUUACACUGGUGAUGAUACCAAUUUGUGGUGUCAACAAUUUUCCAAACCUCCGCUUGUUAAAUUUCAGCCAUGGAUUGCACUUAUUCCUCGUGGAAACUGUUCUUAUCACAAUAAAAUAAAACUAGCGAAAAAAUAUAAUGCUUCUGCUGUAAUAAUUUUUGAUAACAUAAAAUCCGAUAAUAUUCCUCAUAUGGAUGAUGAAGUUGAAGAUGCUGUUUCAGUAAUAAUUACUAGAGAUAAUGGAAAAACUCUAGCUACACUUGUCACUCAUAAAGAAUAUAAGGCCUAUUGUGAGAUUGUUGUAGGCACCCACUUUGUAGACAGAAGAUGGAAAGUUAGUCGAACAUCAGUUUUAUUUGUAUUGGUAUCAUUCAUUUUGCUGAUGUGUAUUUCUCUAGCAUGGCUUGUGUUUUACUAUGUUCAACGAUUUCGUCACAUUUAUAGAAAUGACAGAAAAGAAAAACAGUUAUUAACUGCAGCAAAAAAAGCAAUUUCAAAAUUACGAAUGAUAUCCUAUCAUAGUGAAAACAGAGAGGAGGAAGAUGAAGCAUGUGCUGUUUGCUUAGAAAACUAUAAAGAGGGGGAGAAUUUGAGAAUUCUUCCAUGCAAACAUGAAUAUCACAAGAGUUGUAUUGAUCCAUGGCUUUUAAACCAUCGUACGUGCCCCAUGUGCAAAAGCAAUAUAUUGAAAUCACUUGGCGUGGACAUUCCAGAUAAUAUGAGCUUAUCUGAGCACAACAUCGAGUCUCGCGAUGAAGGCGAUCGUCAGCCUGAACGCAACGCCACUGCGACAGCAGAAGAACCCACUUCUUCAACAACAGCAAAUACUGGAUUACCUCCCUCAAAUGCUUGGUCGGAACAACCCGUUGUUGCUACACGUUACUCAUCAACCUCUAGCAUAUCAGAUACAGACAGUGAUCGAUCUACAGCCGCGUUGGUAUCUCCAGUUCAGAACGUGUAACAUUUGUUCAUAUGCAUUAAUUUGGACAAAUAGGAAUAAAUGUCUGUUGGGUCAAAUUGACAGAGCAUCAGUGUUUUGCUUGCAUUUUUUUACUGGUUUAAUUAUGAGUGACAAGAGAGUUGAUUGUUUACACGCUGGAACAAGCGUCAUGGGAGCAUUGUCGCGAUAUCUAUCUAUUUUGCAAUUACGACACACAAUAUAAAUGAGUUGUUGUUUCCUAAUUUAAUAAGUUGCUUGAAAUUUUACAAUGCAUUCUAAUCACGCUAUUCUUUUUGUAAUGAUAUGAAACUUUUCAAUCAACACAUUUUGCUUAGUCAUGCCUGCUAGGUUUGCAAUAACGGGAUCAAAUGUAGUCUAGCCUCAUAAUAUCCUUGAGUUUUUUUGUUUAUGACUAAUUAAGUUUUUCUAGUUCAGAGUUAUGACAAAAACCGUAAAAUACACAAAAGUGCAAUUGUCAAAGAGUGUGAAGCCAUGGAUCUCGUAAUUUGCCCCAAAUAUACCCACGGUCUACAAAUUUUCAACUCUGGUGGUGAAAAAUUCUUUUUGUAUUUAUAUUUUUUUGUCUCAGUGUACAUAAAGUAUGUAAAAUUUGAUUUGAUAAUAAAUUUACAAAGAAAUAAUUCCAACAAAAA